AUGCCAAUUUAUGAGUCCCUGGAUGUUACAGGUUGGUUUGAUUUAUUUUAAAAAAUCAUUCCUUUUUCAGAGGAAAAUCCUUUCGACUUUUAUAGACGAAGAAUGUUGAAUGAGACUUCUUUAACUAAAGAUGAGAGAGUAAAAAAAUCAUUUGGAAAGGAAAUAAAAUAUUUUUUCAGGACCUAGAAGUUGGAAAAUUGGAAAUGAUGUCCGUUUUUGAAGUGGAUCACGGGUUUUUUGUCGUUAUACCGUUAGAAAAACCGAUUGGGUGAGUUUGAUUGAUAAAAGCUAGAGAUAACGGAAAACCUGGAGACAGGCAGCAAGUCAAUGUCUCUUCUCUCUCUUGAAACCCCAUACUCUCUAAAUUUCCAUAAAUUCAGUUUUUUUAAUGUAAAUGGCUUCAGCUUUUUGAGAGAGUUGGAAGUGGCUUUAAUCAAAAAAAGAUGACGUCACUAUUUUUUUAAUGUUGAUCAGAAACUACCCCAAGAUCGUUUUUUUCGAUAUUUUUUUAGAAAAAAAAAAAAAUCUAGAGAUCACUAAAACUUGGAGAGACCCAGAAGCAAAAACAAAAAAAUCGAUCUGUCUGGGUCUCUUCUAGAUUAAUUCAACAAACAAAAAAAUAAAAAAAUUUUUUUAACUUUUUAAUUUUUCAGAGUCUCAGCCUAUUGCCGUUACUUUUCCUUAACUGGAAUCGAAAUCGGACUCCCCUUCAAAUCUUUUAUUUAUCCUCAAUUCGCCAUUUUCUGUCCACCUCGAGAAAAUACGUCGAGAAUGACCGUGACCAUGAAAAAAGACGAAAUUCCGGAGUUUACAAUGGCCGUGGUGCCGAAACCGUCUACUUCAGGUUUUUGAGGGAAUAUUUUUCGAAAAUGAAGUCUUCUAGAGCCGGAGCACAUGUUGGGAGUAUGCUUGGCUCCAAUUUACGGUGAUGAGCCGAAAUGGCUGAUGUUAAUCGAGCUUAUUGAACACUACAAAAUGCAGGUUUGUGUUCACCUUAAGAGUAUUUUUGAAUCAUAAAAAUUUCUGAAAAGUUUUAAUAUUUAUCAGAACUUAAAAACUCGGGCAAAGUCGGAAUGGUGGAAAUGAAAAAAAAAAGCCGCAAAAUGGCAGCGAAAAGGCAGCAAAAAAGGCAGAAAAAAGGCCCUAAAAGGAAAAUUUCUAUAGAGCCUUUUCCACCCUUGCCGACUUUGCCUAUGAAGAUUUCGAAAAUCCGUCAGAAAAAGCAAAAAAAUCAAGAAAACUUCAAAAUACAGUUUUCAAGUGUCAAUAUCCAGGGAGCUACUAAAUUCUACAUAUACGUCCAAAAAAUCAAUAGCCAUGAUCAACGGGUGCUGAAUUACUACCAAAGAACGGGAGAACUUGAGGUAUGGUCGCACUUGAGCCAUUCCAAAUGCGGCCAUUUCCUUCAAAAUCAGAGUCAUUCCAGGUCCAAUACUUAGUGGAAAACGAUCUUUUCGAGGCUUCCUAUUGGCAAGUUCCAGCGAAUCGUGUGAGUUAUCGAAAAAAAUAGAAUUAGAAAAAAGCGAUCUACAGGACUGUACAUUCCGAUCACGUGGCCGCAGUCGCUGGAACGUUUUUGCAGAUUUGGAUGAGAGAUUGAUCAUGACUCAAGGGAACAGUACACUCUUGGACUUUUUAAAGUGAGUUAGAUAUAUUUUUUGUGCAUUGCAAGGCACUUGGAAUCACUCAAACGAUUUUUGAUGCGAAAAAGCGCAAGUCGAUUCGAGUCGGGCGCAACUUGGAGGAAAUUAGACGUUCUAAGUGUGACAAUACAUUUCGAGCCUAGCGCAAAAUUGGGUCCAUAACUUGGCUCAAAGUGAUUUCCAGAUUGAUUUUUCAACUUUAAUAGAACAAUCUGUUCUCUAUGACGAAACUGGAAUAAAAAAUUAGCAUUUUCAGAAUUUUUCAGUGAUAAAACUUACCUAACAAAGGUCCAAAAAAUCAUCCAGAAAACGCAUUUUCAUAGUCAAAAAAGUCGGGUUUUUCAAUGUUUGAGGGUCCUGCGCUAUGACGUCACUAUUAAAAAAAGUGGCCUAGCCCCCGUAUGAUAGAAAUGUGAAUAGAAACGAUGAUGUUAUGAAAAUUUUCCCACUCGAACGAGUUCUAUUGAAAAGUCUUAAUUUUGAAGACGCUCUGAAACGUAUCUUCUGCGGUUUCUCGUAGCUGGAAUUCCUAACAAAUUUUGAGUUUCAUUUCUAAAAAUGAAUUGAUUAAGGUCUGUAGCUAACUUUUUUUCCACGUUUUUCAUAAACUCUAAGCCAUCAAAUUCGGGACUUUUUAAGUUGAGCUAUAUUUAAGUUUAAAAUAGGAAGAUGAAAAUUCCAAAAAAAUUUAAAACUUUCUUUAUUUUUUUAGUAUUUCCUGAACCCUGAAGUUAUUUUUUUCUGUUUGUGUUCUACAGAAAAUAUUAUUCGAGUUUAUUUUAUUCAGAUUAAUAAAUGAUGAAUCCGUUGGCGCCAUCCAAUUCCGACAAAGAUGGGUAAUGAAGGACCAAACGAUGCCUAGAAAAUACAAAGGAUCCAAUCAGGUUCUUCAAAUUUUCCGAGCUUCUCAAGAACAUCUACAGAUCCAUGACUGGAUGCCUAGCCGUCGAUUCCAAAAUACAUCUUCGAUGGGACCUCCGGGCCACACUGCCAAAUGUAUUGUCGACACUAGGAAGGCACUAUCAAAAAAAUUCCAAGGGAAAAAUAACUAUUAAUUCAGGCGUUUGGUAUGAAGGUCCAUUUUGUUGAGCAAUUUUAUCCCGGGUUCAAAAUGUUUGGAAUGGAUGGGUCGCUGGGAUACGUUAGGUAUAGGUUUUUCUCGCAUAUAAGGCUCAAAUUUUGAUAAAGUUCGACAUAAAAUUUAAAAAAGAUACAAUUAUUAAAGCUUAAAAGUUUCUGGUCGCGUUUGGAAUGGAUCAACUGCGGUGCGCUUUUUGCACUCGACCCAAAACGACUUGCGCCUUCUUGAAGCACUUUAACAAACCGCAACGCGACCGCGACGCUUUAAUAGCCAUUCCAAACGCAACCACUAUGCUUCGUCAAAUAUAUCUACAGGGUGACAAAUAAAUAUUGAAACCGUUUUUUGUUUGAUCGCUGCUUUUUGCACAACGGACUGGCCUUUGAAUUUUUUUGUUUAUUUCGUUCAUUCAUGCUCACUUAUCAUGUGUUUGAAGUUACAGCUCAUACUUUUCAAUUUUCAGGUAAUGGUGGCCCCAUCUCUGUACCCUACCGCAAUCAUUGAUUGUGUCAAAAGCUGAAUGACGAAUUCAGAGAUCGGUAAAAAGCUGAAAGUGUCUCGUGUUCUCGUUUUUCGAACUGCACAACGCUAUCGGCAUCUCGGUACUUCAGAUGACAUGCAAAGAAGGGGACGUCCAGUCACCGUCACGACUCCAGAAGCAGUCAAAGCCGUUCGAGAGAAAAUCAGACGCACUCCGGAAAGAAGCGUGAGAAAGAUGGCAAAAGAAUACGAAAUGAGUCGAGAAUCGAUGAGAACUAUUGUCAAGGACAAGCUGAAGAUGAUUCCCUACCGUAUGCAGAAAGGAGCCUUCCUCAAUCAAAAAAACAAGACAUUCCGGAUGAAAAAGGCUCGAAAGCUGCUCGCUGGCACGUAAGAUGGCUCGCAUCUGACGACGCUAUUUACCGACGAUAAAAUCUUCACUGUGGAGGCGAACAAGAACGGCCAAAACCAUCCGAUCAUCGCUACUGACUAUCAGAGUGCCUGUGAAAAAGAAAAAAUUCUGAAUAAAACUUCGUCUCCGGCUUCCGUGAUGGUUUUUGCCAGAAUUACCGCUGACGGCAAAACUCCGCUGAUUUUUGUGGAUUCUGGAGUCAAAGUGAACCAAGUAUACUACAGGGAGUAGAUUUUAAAGUUGAGGGUGUUGCCCUGAGCCAAUUCUCACUACGGAAGCCGACCAUGGACCUUCCAGCAAGACGGCGCCCCCGCUCAUCGUGCCAAAGUGACUCAAGAGUGGUGUCGCGCCAAUUUUCCGUGUUCAUCUCGGCCGCUGAUUGGCCUGCUUCCUCGCCCGACCACAACCCGAUGGACUAUGCCGUGUGGAUAUAUCUGACCGAGAAGGUCUCUUCUAAGAACUACCCAAGUAUCAAAGCUCUGAAGACCGCGCUCAUCAAGAAAUGGGACGAAAUCGACGACGACUACCUUCGUGCCGUGAUCGAUGCGUAUCCGAAGAGACUGAAGGCCGCUAUCAAAGCUAAAGGAGGACGUUUUGAAAACUAUACUUGA